CUGGAGAGGAAAGCAGCUCCAACAAGAAUAUGGACAUCAACGAGUGCACCAGCACACCAUGUCAGCACGGGCAGUGCGUGAACAAAGAUAGCGGCUACAAAUGUACCUGCUCACCUGGAUGGACUGGGCAGAACUGUGAGCAAGACAUUAAUGAGUGCACCAGGAAGCCGUGUCAACAUGGACAGUGCGUGAAUAAAGAUGGCGGCUACAAAUGCACCUGCUCACCUGGGUGGACUGGACAGAACUGUCAGCAAGACAUCAAUGAGUGCACCAGGAAACCAUGUCAACACGGACGCUGUGUGAACAAAGAUGGCGGCUACAAAUGUACCUGCUCACCUGGAUGGACUGGGCACAACUGUCAAGGUGACUAUUUUACUAACUUUACUUUAAUAGCUUAGCAUACGUCCAUUCCUAUGCCAUAUUCCACAAAAGACUUAAAGUUUGUUACAACUUAUGAUGUAUUUGUUACAACCCAUAGGACGUAGUUUAUUUGUUACAACCCAUGAUGUAUUUGUUACAGCCCAGGACGUAUUUUGCUUGUUACAAGCCAUUAUGUAUUUGUUACAGCCCAGGACGUAUUUUGUUUGUCAGCCAAUGAUGUAUUUGCUUAUCACAGAACAUGAUGUGUUUGUUAAUCACAGACAAUGAUGUAUUUGUCACAGCCAUUGAUGUUUUUGUUUGUUAUAACCUAUGAUGUAUUUGCCACAGCCAUUGAUGCAUUUGCUUGUUACAGCCCAUGAUGUAUUUGUUUGUUACAGCCCAUGAUGCAUUUGUUUGUUACAGCCCAUAAAGUAUUUGUUUGUUACAGUCCAUAAUGUAUUUGUUACAGCCCAUGAUGUAUUCGUUUGUUACAGCCCAUUAUGCAUUCGUUUGUUACAGCCCAUAAUGUAUUUGCUUGUUACAGCCCAUGAUGGUUUUGCUUGUUACAGCCCAUGAUGUAUUUGUCUGUUACAAUCCAUGAUGUAUUUGUUUGUUACAGCCCAUG